AAGAUUUUAGUCGACUAAAUCUACUGUAGAUUUAGUUGACUAAAAUAUAUUGGGUUUAAUUUAAAUGUAAUUUAGUUAAACCGUGGUAAUAUACAAAAUAUUCUAACUUAAAAUUAAAUAAAGCCAAGUCUCAUUAAAUAUGUGGAAUAUCGUCUUUCCAUAAAAACCAAAAAUUAGAUAUGCAUUGUUUAGAACUUGCAUAUGACAUUCUUCAUUCUGUAAAGCAAAAGUGCAACUCCAAAUUAUUUAAAAGAAAAACUGUAUUUGGCAGUAAUGCCAUUGCAAAUACUGCAUGACCUGAAAAAAUUACCUUGCAGAUGUCGCUUUAGAUUUGUUGUAUUUUUACCAGCGAUUUCCGCUCCACACGGUUUACACAAGGUCUUGUUUGUCUUGACAUCAAACGUGAAAUUAUUCCAUAUAUCUUAUCUUCUUUCUCUCCCAGCCAUUGCCAUGUCAUUUUAGUUUAAGUCAGACAGACACCCACCAAUGUAUGCAAGAUGUACUGUCGCAUCUCGCGUCGCAAGGUGAAUCAGUAUCUUAAUUUUCCAAAUGUGCGUGUGCGUCUCACCGCGCCACGCACCAAGAUUAAUUCUGAUUGGAUCAUUUCCAAAAACGUCCCUCACUCACAUUUUCGUCUCGUUUUUAUUAGUUAACGAAAAUGUCAAUAUAUUUUUAUUAUAGUUUUCGUCAUCAUCACUUAAUUUUUAUUUAGUUAUCGUCUCGUUUUCGUCAGUGAAAAUUUGUCGUUGACGAAAAUUAUAACGAAAAUAUUUCGUCAACGAAAUUAUCACUGUUCUGAAGUAAUCUUGGAAGCUGUACUAUUCUUUGUGAUCCUAGACCAUUAAUAAUGAAUUGAUCUUUUUGUUUUCCAAUUUACAGUUGUUCUCAAGGGGCGGGACUCAAGGCAGUGUACAGCGGCGUCCCAAUGCUUUUAGCGAGGACCCGGCGACAGGCAUGACCCCGCGGCAGGAAAGACACAAGUUUUCAUUUGUUCAGACAUCUCCAACAAUUUUAGUGGAUAUUUGUAGAAAGAAAAUGUUCCUAUAUAUAACGGGUUUGUUUGUUGGUUUAUAAAACGCUGAAAAGCACAUGUGCCUGUUAAAAUUCCUGAAAGGUUUUAUUCUCACCGAAUUAAAGUGGAGCGACGUGCCGGCGUCUCGCUAUGAAGACGCGGAGAUCGGGCGUAGUGCUGCUCUAUACACCCCGGGGUACGGGGAAGGCGCUGCUAUAACGCCGGUAGGAAAGUAUUAAGCUUAACAUCUCUCUCCAUUUCUUUGCAAUUGUGUAUAAUCUAGUUUUGUGCGCCAAACUGAAGUAAUUUACCAUAAAAUCUGGUUAAAUAAUUUUGUUUGUUGUUUGCGAUGUAUAAUUGAUGUCAUGCUUUAGUAUAUGUAUAGAUGAUUUUUUUAUUCUGCAUUAUCUGUGAAUAGUUUAAAAUACCAUCCUUAAUCUCACUUUACUUUCGACAAAAGCGUUUAAAGCAGUACGUUAUUCUCAUUUAAAGUAACAGGCAUUAAUUAGGCCUAAUUCAAUCAUAACCGGUAUAAAUCGGAAAUCAGUUUAAUAUAAACAAAAGUUUAAUAUAAAUAAAAUAAUCGAACGACGAUGAGAUCAGAUGGUGCAUAAUUUCUGGCAACAAUAAAGGACUUGGAAAUGCAUUUUCACAUCUAGGAGUCAAAAUUAAAAAGAUGGCUAAUAGGCACUCUGAAUUAUCGUUAAGUUUUAUAGAAAAUCAUUUGUUCGCUUUCACCUCCUUUCUUGGUGGUGAAACCUUUCGUCUAAAAAUCGACGUACAGAUGGCUGUUCAGUUAUGCAUGCUGUUAAAUCAACCUUUAUGGAAGCGGCCGUGAUCGACGCAGCAUAAUCUGCUUUUGGCUCGUCGCGGCUAGGAUCUCCUAGUGGAGAGUUUAUUAAAUCUUAGAUAAUUAAACGAAAGCGGAAAAAACAUGAAAACUGAGCUACUAUAAAAGUCUCUCUGCAAUCUGGCGAUACAGAAUUAAGAAUGAAGCUGGAGAACCCCCGGGGCAGGGAGACAUUCUGUCGUCCUAUUGGGAAAGAGACACUCCAGGUUGGGGUCUCCUGUACCACACAGGCACUCAGCUUUACUAUGGUGUCUGUCUGUCUGUCUGUCGCUUCAAGCUGUCCUUGUUGAGAGAAUAGUAAUAAGCACCUAGUCAGAAUGUACAGAUUGCAGAAGUCGGACAGGAAGUUAAUGUAGUGUUACCAAGUAUAUUCUAAUCAAGGUGUCCUAAUAGGUGCUUUAGAGAUAAGCCUGUCAGUCACCUCUGGGAUGUGUGUCCCCACGGCAACCCGGAGGUGAAGGGCUGACGUCACCUUGGGGGUGGCAUGUCUCAGGAUGAGAUGAUAGAGCUGCAGGCCCUGACACCAGAGGGGUACAUCGAACUGGUGGCCCCCCGCCCCGUGACAGGGCGACAGCACGACUCAGAGAGGGUGCGGGCCGUGCGGCUGGUGGAUGGUGGCUUGUGUUGGGAGGGGCCAGGGGAGGGCCACGCCUUCGAGCCCUGCAGCCUUGCCCAGCCCACUUGGUGUGACCUGUGUGGAGAAUUCAUCUGGGGGUUGUACAAACAGAGCCUGCGCUGCACACUCUGCAGAUUCACUUGCCACUACCGCUGCAGAGCCUUCAUCAAGUUAGACUGCAGCUGGAAAGGCGGGGCCCUCGCCAACCAAUCAGAUUUGGCGGAGGACUCAGUGGAGGCGGACACCAAUGUGGAUGAGCCAAUGGAAUGGAGGGUAGGCGAGCUGUCCUUCACUGAGCUCCAGCAGAAGGUGAGGGAGUUCAACGCUCAGGUCAACAGAGAUCUCUACAUAGUCCUGAAUAAAGAUGGCUCCUUUACUGGUGUCAUCAAAGUCUGGGUCAGACUGAAGUGCUCCAUGUCUGUGCCAAGCCAGGGUAUGAGGCCUAGGCUCUGCAGCUCCUAUCAGCUGGACACAGCCAUGCCCCUGCACAUCAGCUCGUCCACCCAGGCCCAUGACAUUGUCCGCGCGUUGCUUAGUACAUUUGGUGUGACAGGCAACCCUGGCGAGUUUGCCCUAUUUGAACACAGAGAGCCGAGUGACCAAGUGUACCAGAGGAAGUUGGAGGGUUCAGAGCGCCCCCUGCUGCUGCGGAUAUGUGCUGGCCCUAGUGAAAAGUCCCUCAGCCUGGUGCUGAAGGAGAACAGCCCUGGUGAGAUCAAUUGGGAAGCUUUCACUGAGCCAGAGCUACGCAACUUCCUACACAUCCUGCAGUUUGAAGAAGAGGAGCACAUCAGGCAAAUAGUGGAAGGUUAUGCCUGUGCUAGGGACCACCUGCAGGAGGCGCUGGCAAGCAUCACACAGACUGAUAUGACUCAUGUGUCUGAACAGCGCCAUCAGGGGGCACCCAGAAUCCAAAAAUCAUACAAAUUGCGGUAUGUACGUAGUGAAUUUGAGGGAAUGAGUGACCUAACAACCAUGAACUGGUGAAGUGAAGGCUGGCUGCUUCAUACUAUAAGAUACAAAGGCCUUCAGGAACUGAGUGUGUAAUGAUAGGUGGAGGGAGCGUGUGUGAGAUUUACUAGGGCUGUCUGUGAACAUUGGUAGCUGGAACUUCUCUGCUGUAGAAGAAGGUGAAAUAUAAUUUUUUCAACCACAGAUAAGUUAUAUCAACAGUAUAUUGAAGUUAAUACAUCUGCUUCUGUUGCCUGAAACAGAAUCUGUUUAUUUUUGUUAACCGUUUUUAUUCAUUCUUUUUUUUUUUUUUUUACUUCACUCCGAAUGUUUAUCUGAUGACUAGGAGACCUUCAAAGUUCUGUCAAGACAUAAUGUGUGCAAAAUAUGAUGUAUUCUAUACAUUACUACACUUUAGAGAUAGGAGUAUUGGUAUGAGGAGUAUUGUGAGACAUAUUAGCGUUGGUAUGUAUUUUCCAUAUCCAUCAGUAUCCCAGACCAAAGUCCUUUGUACUUGCGGUAUGUCAGUUCUGUCUUUAUCCAAAUUAUGAUUUUAUUACAAAUAAACAUACAGUACUGCUCAUUG